GGAUAGCGGCAGACAGCAGUUUACAGGUUUGAGUGUGUGUUGGAGUGGGGGCAUGGUAGGAGACUGCAGAGAGGAACCACCCAGAAUAAUCUGACUCAGGAAGGAAGGAACCAGGGUCUAGCCUGACCCCAGGGGCCGAGCCAGGAUCUCUCUGUCUGAGCGAGUGAGUGAGUCCCUGAAAGUCCGCGAGAUGGGAGGCGGCGUCUCGGCUCAGGAGCCCGGCCAACUCAGCCCGAGUGAGGAGCAGGAGAGCGGCCAGGAGAGGCAGCACACCGAGGGAGUGGACGGCAGGCCUGCUCAGAAGAAUGGCCAGAUUUCUGGAAUUCCUAGCAAUUCAGAGGAUCAAGAGCCGCUCGAUGGAAAAGUGGAGCAUCUGAAUGGGCUCCAGGAGGAAGCCGUUCCUGGCGAAGUUGAACCACCAAGCAUAACGCAAGAGGAGGAACCAGUGGAAAUGGAUCUUGAACAGAAGGAAACUCUUCCCGCCAAAACCAAGGAUGAGGAGCCAAGAGAUUCCCAGGAAGAUGCCAGUCCUCCUGUCGAAAUUGGAGAGGAGGCACAGGCUGGUGAGAUUGGCUUCAAGAAGGUCUUCAAAUUUGUGGGCUGCAAGUUCACAGUGAAGAAAGAGAACCCGGUGAAGCUGGAACCUGUGCAGUUGCUGACCGUGAAAAAGGAUGAAGAUGGUGAGGCAGACGGUGAAUCCAAGCAAGAAAUGGGAGGAUUGAAAAAUGGCGACCUAAGUCCAGCUGCUCAUGAAGCGGAGGGAAGUCCACCUGAAGUUCUCACCCCUGGAGAAACGGAAGAGUCCACCGACCAAGUGGAGCCAAAACCCACUGUUGCUGAGGAGCCAGUGGAAUCUGUCGUCAGUCCAGUCGAGAGUCCUGCUAUGGACUCUCCGCUGAAGAGAUUUUUUAGACAAGGCUUUUUCUCUGUGUUGCGAAGGAAACCAAGCUUCAAGAAGGCUAAAGAUGAGCCCCUGGUUGUUGGGGAGAAGCCCGAAGUGAACGGGGAGCAAGUUGUUGCCGCUGGAAACGUUAAUGGUGAGGAAGGUGAUCGUGGACCUUCAAAGGAGCCUUCUGCGUUGCCAAAAGACGCUGAAAUCUUGGGUGCCCACCUGGUGGAAGAAAGGGAGAGAGACGAUGACUUCGAGGACCUCUCUGUGGAACUAGCCAAAGUCAGGGAGGCAGAAGAAAGGCUGAUGGGGGAAGGCAGCGUGUCCGCGGUAGACGACAGGCAGCCUUGCCCCGAAAUGAAGAUGGCCGCCCCAGCCUUGGAGAUGGGUCAGGCGGCCCAGCUAACAGUGCAGAGCCCAUCAGCUGAGAGACCGGUGAAGCCAGAAUUUGCCCCUGUCGAAGUCUCAGCAGAGCUUCAAGCAGGACAGACUGACGUAGGCCCGGAUCGAACACAGGUCAAGGCCCCGGAGCCUAUAGUGGGUGAGGCGGAGCUCCUGUCUUCCCAAGAAAAGGCCAAGCUGCAGGGCAGCCCCCUGAAGAAACUCUUCACCAGCAGCAGCAUCAAAAAGCUGUCUGGGAAGAAACCAAAAGCCGCUAAGGGGGAGUCCAAACCGGGAGAUGACGACGAGGAGGCACGACUUCAGUCCUCCACUGAAUCGGAGGGCAGUCCUGACGGCCAGAAGGCAGACACUCCUCCUUUAACUUCCCCUGAAGACGUGGAUGGGACAGUCCCUGCGGAGACUGCGGAAGCCACCAAUCUUGAGGUGGAGGGAAUGAACGAAGCUGCCGACGGGGAGAGGAAGAAAGAGAGCAUCACUGCGUGGGCUUCAUUUAAAAAGUUAGUGACGUCAAAGAAGCGCCCCAAAGUACUGUCCGAGAACGACCGAGAGGACGAGCAGACCGAAAAAGUGAAGGGGGUGGCUGCCUCUUCCAACGAGAGUGCCAGCGCUGUCCCGGCUGAGCUUCAAGAAGAAGCGAAACUAAACGCUGAGGACCUGAGUUUGGAGCGCAGCACUGAGGAUCCCAAAAAGAAAGCAGACGCCCCCGUAUCCUGGGAGGCGCUGAUCUGUGUCGGUUCCUCCAAAAAGAGAGCGAGGAAGUUGUCCGACUCGGAGGCCCCACAGCUGGACGAGGAGCUCCAAAGGUCACCUGAGGGGGUCGCCCAAGUGCUGGAUGGUGCUGAGGAACUGAGAGCCAGCGUUCCGCAGGAUACGGAUCAGGACCAAGGCAGGACAUCUCCGGAAGGUGCUGUGAGCAGCCCGGUGGAGGGGGACGUGUCUGACGGCGCUGUCUCCACAUGGGAGUCCUUUAAGAGGUUGGUCACCUCAAGGCGCAAGUCCAAAUCCAAGCUCGAAGACCGUGCAGACGAAUCUGUCACCGUUGUCGCCGCUGCCGAAGUUGCUGUCCCCGAGACCGAGCAACAGGCCAAGGAGGAGUCAUGGGCUUCUCUGAAAAAGCUGAUUCCAGGCCGAAGGAAGAAGAGGUCCGAUGCCAAGGCUGACCAGCCUCCGGCAGAGGACGUCGGAAAAGAGACCAAACAGGCAGAGAUGGGAGUGAGCAAGGGUGAUGAAGAGUCUGAUACACCAGCAGUAGUUCCCCUUUCUGAAUACGAUGCUGUCGAAGAGGAGAGAGCAGCUAAGGAGCAGCAGCUGACAGUAGGCAUGAAUGCUGUCCACAAGGACGAUGUUCUAACCAAGUCGGGAGCUCCAGCUGAAGGUGGGGAACUGAGUGCCGGACAAGCCGUUACCAUGGACCGGGGAGCUUUAGAGAGCAUCAAAAGCAGCAUUGAUGAGAGAUCGCCGUCGUGGAUAUCAACUGCAGUCUCAGACAUCAUUGAGAAGAGGGUUGAAGACGAAGGAAAAAUAGUUGAAGAAAUCGUGGAAGCGAGGGGACAAGCGGAGCACGGCGAUGCUGCUUCGUUGGCAGAACAGGCCAGAACAAUCUGUCCCAAUGAGAUUGCCAAAGAGGCCCCGGUGAGCUCCGAGGUUGCCGUGGCACUGGAGUACCCGGCUGAGGAGUCCCUCACCGAGGAGACUGCUGAGAUGGUGUCAGCCGUCUCGCAGUUGACGGAGACCCCGGUGACGACGGCAGAAAGCACCCCUGUGCCAGACGAUGAGGUCACGGUAACCAGGCAAACCCACGAGGUGCUGCAGGAGGCAGCUGAAAGGGUGAAGCUGUCAGCCAGGCCACUUGCUCCCCCCCGCAAAGCUGCGGCUGCCCCAGAGAUUCCAGGCAGCGAACGAGAUUCCACGGAAAAAGUACAAGAGGAGGCGGUCGAGACCUUGAGUGAAACUGAGAUGUCGGAGCCUGCUGGGAAAGGAGAAACUGGAAAAUCUGACGCUCCCUCUGCCUCUGAAGGCACUAUCCAGGUGGCAGAUAACGAAAUUCCGCAGCUUGAGAGGCUCGAGCAAACAAAAUGUGAAACGAUAGAGGUUUCUGCUGCUCAAAGCAUUGAGUCUGAAACGAUUCCUCCACCAGAAAAGUUUGGAGAACCCUUGAGUUUGGUGCACCAAACUCAUGUGGAAACUGUCUGCGAGGCUGAAACGGGAAUAUCUGAACCCGGGGUGAAGGUGGUAAUGGACCAAACGGAGACUGGACUUGAAGAGACCUUGAAAGUCAGUCAAGCAGAGGAUGUUCUAAAGACACAAGCUCCACUUGAAAAACCCAAAGCUGCUCAGACAAGCUGUAGGGAAAAGGUUCUGACAGAAGAUGAAGAACCUAUCAAAGCUGUUACUGCAGAAGUUCCUGGGAAGCUAGAAGUCGAGCAACUUGCUGAAUGUGGAGACGUCACUGAUGGAAUUCCAACAGAAUCUGCUGAGAAGGCCAUAUUGGAGCAAACAGCAAUUGCAGAAGUUGCUCAUCAGAUGGCUGUGGGAAAUGUUGAGGCUGUUUCUGAAGAGACUAUUGGAAACUCUCAUGAGAUUGUUGAGGAGGUGGGAACAGAAGAGCGUGUGAUUGAAUGCAGAGAGACUCUAGCCAGUACGAAGGAGGCUGAGCUGGUUUCUGAACAGAGCACGAAAAUCAUUCCAGUAAAUGUGGAAAUGAAUGCAGCUGCGGCUGGAGUUUGUGAAGAAAGCAUUGGAGUUACUCCAGUGGUAACGGUGACCGAGUUGUGCAGCAAGGAGACGGUGCAAAUGGGCCCAGAUGUGAGAGUUUCUCAGGUUGGCCUCAGUGAGGAGACCAUUGAAGUCACUCCGGUAGUAACAGUGAUGCACGUUGUACCAAGUGAAGAAACUGUUAAAGAUGCCUCCGAUGUGGAAGUGACUGAGGCUGGACUUUGUGAAGAGACUAAGCAGACCACUCCUGUAGUAGAAAUGACAGAGGUUCUACCUGGUGAACAGACUACUGACAAAAUCAGUCCAGAAAUGACAGCGGCGGUGUGUACUGAACAGACUGAUGCCAGUCCAGUUGCCUUGGUGACGGAGACGGUACGCGGUGAAGAGACGGACGGUGCCACUCCGGUUGCCACUGUGACGGAGACGGGACGCGGUGAAGAGGCGGACGGUGCCACUCCGGUUGCCGUGGUGACGGAGACAGUACGUGGUGAAGGGGCGAUUACAAAACAGGAAGAGAUUGUACAUACGAUGGUAACAAAUGAUAAAAUAGUACAGGAGCAAAUCAAGACUGUGCAGAAGGUGGUUGAUGCUCAUGACCCUGUGGUAUCUAUUGCGGAGGAUGUGGGAACUGAAAUGAGUGGGGCUGUGUGUAAAGAGAUGAUGUCCAUUGUUUCAAGAGUUAGGGAGCAGGGAACAAAGGAACAAAUAGUUGAAAUGCUGACUUCACCAAAGGAAGUUCUACAGCAAGAGUCAAAUAUUGCAGAACUAUCCAAAGAAACGAUUCAGACCUCCGUAACUGAGAGAACAGUAAUUGAGGUUGUGAAGAACAUGGAAACAGAAGUAGGUGGUAAAUUUGAAGUUGCACAUCUUGAGGGUGCUGUCAAGGAAACCCAUGUUGAGCUUCAAAGCGAAACUGGUGUAAUUGAAUUAACACAGGUAGGAAGGGAAGUGGACCAAUAUCUAACUAAAGAGGAGCCGGAGCCAGACCCCACCGUGGCCAUGCUAUCCAAAGAGAAAUUUGAAGUUUUGCCGGACAGACCAAUUGGAAAAACUGAUACCAUGGAGCUUGCAGCAACUGAGGUGGUUGAGUCAGAAGCCAAAGAACAUGAAACACAAGUAAGUUGUGUUACUGGCAAGCCUCCGAGCAUAGCAACUGGAGAGGCCGUAGAUACAAAUGAGAACAUAAGUCUCCAACAAGAGUCUCCAACGGUUGAACUUGUGCAGAAGGUGGGAGAUGAGCUGUCUGCUGUGGAAAAAGACCAACCAACACCAGAAGUUGAAUUCGAGUCUGCGCACACAGAUGGUGAACUAGUCCAAGAUGUCCAAUUGGAUGGAGAAGAUGUAGUUGUACCCAAACAAUGUGAAGCCUCUGAAAAGGCUGAUGAGGCACAAAAAGGGGAUGGUGUGGAGUUGGCUAAUGGAGCAACUGAAAAACACCUAAGCAAGUUGGAGUCUCCUGGAGAGUUGCCCUCCUCAGAAGCUUCAGCUGAAGGAUGCACAGAAGAGCCUAAACUGGAAGUAGUUCCUGAAUCUGAAGGUGUAACUUUGGGAAGUGAGGUAAAAUUACACUCUGGUUCUAUUGAUGAAUUUCAAACUGUGCAAAGCGAGACUGUGACCUUAACAACGGAGCCUUCUGUAGCUGAGAGUUCAGAGUCCCGUGAAGUGGCUUUCCCUGUGACCGCAGCUGCUGUAGAAGAGCAGGUCAUUGCAGAGACUGUAGGAUCAGUGGUGACGCAGCUUCCAGAGCUGAGAGCUGUAGAUCAGCUUAUCCCGGCAGCUGAACCUGACGUUAUUGUACACGGACCUGUAGUAGAAACUGCGGCUGCCAUUGUGGAGGUAGCGAUAGAUGCAGCGGCUGGCACCUUGGCAGACUCUGCUGUGGAAAGUGAAGUAGACUCAACUGUUGAUGGGCAAAAGCAACAGAGCUCCAGCACUGAGCAGCUAGUAGCUGGCCUGGUUAAUCACAGAACUGAAGGAGCAGAACAGAAAUUGGUGUUCUUCGAAAUGGAGACUGAUGUAGAAGUCAGUCAAACAAGGACAAUGGAACAGUCAAGUACCAUGAUAGCUGAGGAUCCAAUGAAGGGUGUCAUAAAGUCAACUGAAAGAACAGAGGAACAAGUAGAUCCUGUUUCUUCUGAACAGGAUAAAGACAGUGAAAAGAUGUAUAAAGAUGCAGAAGAAAAGAUGCCAGAAGUACAAAUGAUCUCAACAGAAGGAAAGGAUGAUGAAAUUGUUGAUCAGAGUGCGCAAACCCAAGACAGCAAGGGCACUGAAGCUUUAGAGCAUGAAGUAGUGGUAAUUCAUUCAACCGAGAUGGUAUCUGAGGAAACUAUUGAAGGUGACCAGAAACCACUUGAGACUGAAGAUAUGGCAUCAGUGGAAAUGGAGAGAGAAACUAACGAGUCUGUAAUAUUGCCUGAUGGAUCAAAAGUGACUGAAGUAGAAUGUUGCCAAUCAUUAAAAAGCCCUGAAGGAAGACCACCAUCUCUAGAACUGACUGAGGAAAAAGGCCAAUCUGUGAAAGCCAGUCAACAGGAUGAAAAACAAACAUCAAUACAAGAUGUCCAAGAUCAAUUGAUGCUCACUGCUGAAGAGAAACAAACACCAAAAGUUGCAGAUGAGAAGUUGGAGAGUGAUGUGAUGGAAUCCAUUGAUCACAAAAAUGAUAAAGAAUCUGAUAAAAAACAGACGAUUGAAGCAGUUGAAAAGCAAGAGAGUCAAGAAAUGCAAAUUGGACACCAAAUGGAUCAGUCCUCUACUUUAGAAAGUGUAAAGGCUGCAACAGAGCAAACAACAUCCUGAAGCAGAGCUCCAAACACUCGUGAAAUACAGAAUGUGAAGGCAAAGAGGCUAUAGGAAUAUCGCACAACGCUACUGUGAUGAGACCAAGUACCCCUGUUGAUUGACAAUCCCAAAUCAAUUUGCAAGCUAUAUCUACACAGUUAUUUAAAUAUAUCUUGCUUUUAGCCUGAUGUCCUGAUGAUAAACAUAAUGCUUAUUUUGAGGCAACGCCCUUGCCUGCUUUCUUCAAAUAAUGUGUAACACAAUGGUGUCUGAAUAUUUGAAGGAAGGGGUAUUUGCUCAAAAAUCUAGAGAUGUUUCUUUGUAUCAUCAGAUUGCUUCUAUUUUAAUGUGAAAUUUAAUUCUAAUAUCUUAAAUAUAAUGUCUUGUUCAUUAAGGCUAUCACUUUUUUUCAAAAGAUUUGGAUUGGGAUAACCGAAUUAACUUUAGUUGUCCAGGAGCUGGUUCUUAAUGUUUGAUAAAGGAUUGCAGUGGUGACAGCUUUGAGUGAAACAGGUCUAUAGAAAUGGCAGCUACAACAAGCUACACUUGAUGGUAUUUCAUGAUUUGUUUUGCCUGUUUUUACCUUGCAAGUAGAUUGAAAUUGACCUCACCCAGGUCAUUUAGAAUAUCGAAGUGGACUCAAAGUUCUGGCAAAGCUGAUCUCCAUUCUGAGGACUAACUAAAGAUUUGAAGUCAACCUUAUGGAGUAAAGGUAACUUCAGUGCAUUGUGCAAGGUUGAACCAUGCAAAAUUCACCAAAGCCUAGAUCCUGGACUGUUGCAAGUGUUCCAGAGGAUGAAACGUGACCAUCGUUUGGUUAAUGCCUUUAGCCGGUUGGGUGACUGGGGCCAGCUUGAUGAAACUGAAGUGUUCGUUAAUGAAGGUGCAUUAAAUUGGGUUACUAGUUGAGGUUUGUUUGGACUUCCAUAAUGAUCUCCAAGAUGUGCCUUGCUAUUGCAUACAAUUAAUGUUCAAAUGCCAUUAAUGUUCCUGUCUAGAUGUUUUUGGCCUAUUUGUGACCCACCUCACCAUUCCAUCCCAACAUGUUUCUUACUAAACUCCAGCAUUUAAACAAUGUUCAAGCUGAUUUUAUUCAGGUUACCCUGUUCAGCAUAUUUCCUCCCCCACCCAUCCAAUUAAUAAACCAACACCCUAGCCUGUAACACUCACUGUACAGUUCCUGUCUUGUUAAUGUAAUUUACAGUAAAUGAAGUUAGAAAUGGUAACUACUGUAGACUUGUGUACUGCAUGAAUUUAACUUGAGCAGGAUCUAUGACCGAGAGACUGAUGUUACUCUCAUUAACACUGCUGUGCUUUUAUAACUGAAUGUGAAAUUGACAUUUGUAUAAAUUGUAUUUGCUGUGUAUCUAAGCCAUAUUGGAAUAAUUAAAACACAACUUCUACAAAUAAAGUAAUAUUAGCAUUAA